CUCGUCACGGGCUGCGGCGCGUCGCUGACGCACCUCGACGUGUCCCACUGCGCGCUGCUCACGGACGCGGACUGCGGCGCGGUCGCGAAGCACUGCCCGAAUUUGAUUCGCCUCGACCUGUCCCACUGCCGCCAGACGGGGGACCAGGCGGCGGUGAACAUCGCCGAGAAGUGCCACCGCCUCGAGUACAUCAACAUGGCGCGGAGCGAGCUCCUCCACAAGACGUCGGACGUCGCGCUGCUGUCGAUCGCGGAGGGCUGCGGGAAGACCUUGGUCGAGCUCGACCUGAACGGCUGCGAGAUGGUCACGGACGUGGGCGUCAGUUGGGUCGCCCACCAGGCCGGCGCGACGCUCGAGGUCUUCAACCUGCGGGGCUGCAACCGGCUGACGAACGCGGGGUGCCGCGCGAUCGCGGACCACUGCCACGUGAUCCGCGUCGUGGACCUCCGCGGCGCGCGGCGCGUGACGGACGUGGGCGUGCGCGUGCUGGGUGCCGCCUUGGGCGACACGUUGGAGACCUUGGACAUCUCGAGCAUGCAUCUGGUCACGGACGGCGUCGACCGGGGCUUCGGCUUCGAGGGGUUGUUGGCGCUCGCGCAGGACGUGACGCGGCUCAAGUGUUUGCACCUCGACGGCUGCUUCCAGGUGUCGAACCGGGCGCUCAACGCUUUGGCGAAAGGGUGCUCGACGCUCGUCGAGCUGGGCCUCGCGGGCUGCCCGCGGCUGACGGCGAACGGCGUGGGGGCGCUGUGCCACGCGUCGCGCGAGACGUUGGAAAAGGUGAACCUGGGCUGCUGCGGCGACUGCGUCGACGACGACCUCGUCAGUGCCCUCGCGCGCGGGUCGCCGAACCUGAAGCAGCUCUUCCUGCGGGACUGCGAGCGCUGGGGGCAGGUCGGCGCGCGCGCGAUCGCGCGCCACUGCAAGCGGCUCCACCGCUUGGACUGCACGGGCUGCUCCUCACUCGACGACGAGGGCGUCGCGGCCUUC